UGUCUUCUGUCUGUGAUAUUUGUUUCGUAAAGUAAUUAUCCGCAGCUUAUAAAAUGUCUGACGGUCUCGACUUUCUUUGUGCUGACGACAGUUAUAGCGAUGACUGUGAUACAGAUAACAACAGUGUUGAUAUUGAGGAUGAGUGCGCUGACGACAAUGGUGGCGAUGAAUGUGAUACAGAUAACAACAGUGUUGAUAUUGAGGAUGAGUUUGCUGACGACAAUGAUGGUGAUGAAUGUGAUACAGAUAACAACAGUGUUGAUAUUGAUGAAGAUAUUGAUGAUGGGGAAAAUUACUUCAUUUUUGGCGACGAAUGUGACCUUUCUAGCAAUGAUUCCCAAGACAUCUAUGAUGGUGAUGGUUAUUACGAAUGUAUAAAAGGUUUGACGAAAGCCAAGAAAAAGAUGGAGCAAAAAGAAGACAGCACAGCGAAAUCUGGUUCUCGGAAAAGAAACCGAAAAUCCAAAGAGUCCGCCAGGCCAUACAAAAAACGAAAAGUCGAAUCGAAGUCAAAAGUAUCUCAGAAAUAUAUAAAGAAGUCGAGAAAAAACAAAGAAUUCUUGGACAGAAACAAAUUUUCUAACAAAAACCGAAAGAAAAGGUCGCAAGUGCAAAUAAGUCCAAGUGCAAUAAGGACGUUUUCUGCGAAAUUUGUAAAAAUUUCUAAAGAUAGAAUGAAAUGGGCGAGAAAAAUGGCUAAUAUUCAUAUCGAGUUCAUUCGUAAAUAUUGCAAAACACAUGCCAGUGAAAUAUUUAGUCACUUUGAAUUUACGGGUAGCUUUUACGAGCACUUGAAGACUGAGGAUGCUGAUGAAUUGGAUAUUCUUGUUGCUCUUGACACAAAGAACAAUGCCGAUUUGAUGGUAGAGGAAGUCGAUGGCGUUCCUGGUUAUGCUCUAAUCAAAGUGACAAAGAAAUCCAGCAAGUAUUGGCGCUUCGUCGACAAUAAGAGGUACGUCGACCCAACGCAGAUCAGAAGUUGGUUUUUUGGUCUUGUUCAAAAAGCAGUCAACCAAUAUGACAAAGAUAAGCAAGAAAAAGACCCAGAAUUAAAGCCUUCAGAAAAUGGCCCUGCAACUAAGCUUCUUAUUGACGAUAAGGAAGCCAAAAAGAAACUAGAGGUAGAUCUUGUACCUGCAUUUCUUUUUAAACCAAAGAAAGACCGCUUGAGAGCUGCCCCUGUUAAAGGAAUACGCUACGUGGCUAAGCCACCUGAGGAUAUAAAGGUYGAUGAAUUGAAAAGGGGAAUGCUAUGGAGGCAAUCUUUCUCUCUUGAGGAGAAAAAGGAAAUGGAAAAAAUGGACAAGGAAGACCAGGGCUGUCGGCACGAGAUAGUCAAAGUUAUUAAGACCAUCGUAAAAAACGAUGGUCCGCCUCUCAACAUCCUCUCGUCCUACCACAUAAAAACUGCAUUUCUUCACUACAACUUCGAUAAAGAUCACCAGAACCUUAAAUGGAGCCGCAAACACCUGCCAGAAAGAUUCCUGGGGCUGAUGGACUACCUGAAACAGAAAAUAAGCGAGAGAAAUCUUAGUCAUUUUUUUAUUAAGAAGUUGAACCUACUCGAGCAGUUCAGUUUUCCUACCCUUCAUAACAUAGAAAAUCGUUUAUCGAAGCUAAUUAGUAAUGAGAAAGAAUUAAAGAAAGUAUUGAAGCAGCUUGACAACAAAACCAGGAGAUAUAAAAAACGUUCGUAAGGGUAAGCGCAAAUGACUCAAGUGACGAUGGCCGAAUAUAAAUUAAAGACACUGUCUUUAAAAUAUGGUUAUUGAGCAACUCAUGAAAAUUGAACGAAAAGUGUGACAGCUUUUCUCAAAGACACGUACAUGGUGACCUUCUGACUUGAUGCAUGGCGUAUAGAAAUUAGUUAUAAUGAUUAAAACUGUGGACACAAUAUACUUGCCAAGGCACAUAUAGGAACUAUAAGGUGUAAGUCCAUGACAAUAGUGGGAAAACAACAUACAAUGUCUAUAACGUAUAAGGAAAGCAACUACAAUAGUAUACAAAAAAGUAA